ACAAAUACAGUUGGUGAUUCGGUAGAACCCAGUCAAUUUUUUUUGAUGUCAGUAAAUAAGAAAGGGUAUAGGACAAACUGUGAAUCAGUGAGGAUCUCAAAGAUGCUUACGAGGCAAAACCGCAUCAGAGAUAAGAUGACACAACAACACCGCCGGUCUGACAACUUCACAUCAGCAAUGACGGAGCGGGAGAGCUCGGUCCGGAUUCCCAGGGUGAGAAGCUGUCCCGACUCAGACGUUGCUGCUUUUUAUUCAACACAUCUGGAUAUAUAGUCCCACUGGCCGAGCACUCACCAUGAACUACCGGGAGGUGGUGAUGUACAUGGAGAUCGGCGGCUUCGUGUCCUGUCUGUGCGGCUGGGUCCUGGUGUGCUCCACCCUCCCCACCGAGUACUGGACCUUCUCCGAGGUGGGCAGCAUCGUGCUGACCACCGCCAACUACUACUCCAACUUGUGGAGGGACUGCGUCUCGGACACCACGGGGGUGUCGGACUGCAAGGAUUACCCGUCCAUGCUGGCCUUGCCUGCGUUCCUACACGGCUGCCGAGCGCUCGCCGUCUGCAGCGUCAUCACCGGUUUCUUUGGAGCCGUCCUCACACUCGUCGGGAUGAAAUGCACCAAAAUCGGCGGAUCGGAGAUCGCCAACGCCAGGGUGACCUUUGCGGGGGGAGUGACCUACCUGGUUUCGGGGCUCUGUGGUAUGGUCACCUACUCGUGGUGGGCCAACAAAGUCAUAUCAGAGUUCUUGGACGUAAAUUUCAAGGAACAGAAAUUUGAACUCGGGGCUGCCGUUUUCAUUGGCUGGGGAGGCUCGGUCCUUCUCCUCUCCGGAGGGACAGUGCUGACUUACUUCUCUGCAAAAGAAGGCCUUCCAAAAAUCUCUGGAGCGAGGCCACAGAGGCCGGCCACUUACGCCACCGCCCGGACCGCACGCACCUACAGGCGGCCCGACUCGUCGUCCAGAGUGACUUGGGGGCCGCCGCUGUUUUACGAAGACGGGAGGAGCCGAGAGGCAAUGAAGACGUUCAACAUGGACAGCUUCGUCUGAGCAGGCGGAGAGGGGAACACGGCGUGGGAGUGAGAACAUGACUAAAAUGGAGGAAAAGGGGAAUUAAGGGAAUGUUUGACAUUUUGGGAAAUACAUUGAUUUGCUUUCUUGCUCUGAACUAGAUGAUCUAUACCUCUGAACAGCAAGAGCCAGUAUUCUGUUAAAUUAGCACAGCAUAAAGACAGGACUUUAUUGCAUC